AUGGCUGACCUCCGAUUCAUGGCGUAUGCCGACGCCUCUCAUGCACACUGGCAUAACGGCAAACCCACCGAAGGCAUGUUACGCUUCCUGCAAGACAUGCACUACGCCGAAUUUGCCGAAGACGAGACCAUGAAGCUUCGAGAGGCAAUCAAGGAGUAUGAGAAAGCAGAUUCUCGUGGCAGCAUCCAACUCGACACAUAUGGAGGGGCUCACCGUCUAUCGGUUACAACUCCCAUGGUUGAUUACAAAUAG